UCCCAGCAACAUACAGAAUAGCCAAACCACAACAACAACAGUACUCACAAAAAGUACAUACAACAAUUUCACAAACAAAAAACAACCUCUUCCACUUUAAGUUACCUCAUAUCAUUUGUCUAAAAAAAAGUUACCUCAUAUCAAGUUUUAUCAACCACUUCAAACUUCAAACAAAAACAAUUCUCUUUCUUCUUCAAUUGGAUCAUUCAUUUUCCUUAAAAACUCAACCCCUCAAUUUUGACUUUAACUCUCUUCUUGUUAUUGUCUUCCUCUAAUGCUUCUUUAAUUUUGGAGUUACUUAGAUCUUAGUUCAGUUUCAGUUUGUGACAAUUCAUCCAACAAGGAGAAACCGACAAGGUGCAUUUAAAUCUCUCAAAGAUUGUUUUUUUUCUUCUUCUGAGUUUGUAAAGAAGCUGAAACGUUGCUUAUUAUGAAGUUUCACCCACCUUUAAAAAUUGUAUCUUUCUGUUGAAGGAGUAAUCUAUUCUGUUCUGAUUUAUCAGCUUAUUAGCAAGUGGUUGAUGGGUCCCAAUUAUCAUAUCCACCUUAUAUAGCUCCAAAGUUACAAUCUUUGGCAUUAGGGUGUGGAUUGAUGCAGAUUUAAAAAACCAUGCUUUAUUCUGUAGAAAAUUAUGUACCCUUUUUUGUUGUUGAAAUGUAACUGUACUUGUUAAAAGGGUAGUUUUUGUUCUGUUGUGUGUAUUUGUUAUCAAUCUGUUGUUAAUAUCAUUUGAAGAUUUGUGAGGUUCUUGCUGCUUUGGGUUUCAACUUAUAGGGAUCUGAAGUGAAACGGUUCUUAAAAACCUGUUUAUGAUUUAGUAGUGUCAGGAGAGUAUGAGGAAAUAUGUUGGUUCUCAUUCAGGAAGGAUGUUUAGUGACAAGAAAUGGAUUAUCCCAUUUUUCGCGAGUUUGUUGGUAUCUGUGAGCUUGAUUCUGACGGCUAUUCUUGGCGAAUUUAGUUAUUCUGGCGGGGAAGAGCUGUUGCCGUUGGUUGAUGUAAUUUCGCUCAAGGGACAAGAGGAUAAUUCCAGUGGAUAUUUUGUGGAGUCGGAUUUGGAGAGGUCUCUUAAUGUUAGUGUUGUUGUGAAGAUGAAGGUGCCUAAGUUUGCAUACCUUAUUUCAGGCACAAAGGGUGAUAGUCGUAGGAUGCUAAGAACAUUAGAGGCAGUGUACCACCCGAGAAAUCAGUAUAUUUUGCAUUUAGAUCUUGAGGCGCCGCCUCGGGAAAGGUUGGAGUUGGCCAAUGCAGUGAAGGCUGAUCAGAUAUUCAGGGAAGUGGAGAAUGUGCGUGUUAUGUCUCAAUCUAAUUUGGUUACUUAUAAGGGUCCUACAAUGAUUGCUUGUACUCUUCAAGCUAUUGCGAUACUAUUGAAGGAGAGUUCGGAGUGGGACUGGUUUAUAAACCUCAGUGCUUCAGAUUAUCCUCUUGUGACACAGGAUGAUAUGCUUCAUGUUUUCUCUAAUCUGUCAAGAGAUCUCAAUUUCAUUGAACAUACACACAUUUCUGGUUGGAAAUUGAACCAAAGAGCAAGGCCCAUCAUUAUUGAUCCUGCUUUUUACUUAUCAAAGAAAUCUGAUUUGGCAGUGACGUCUCAAAAAAGAACACUUCCCACAUCUUUUAAAUUAUUCACCGGUUCAGCUUGGGUUGUACUAACACGGUCUUUUGUGGAGUAUUGUAUAUGGGGAUGGGAUAACUUUCCGCGGACGAUGCUUAUGUAUUAUACAAAUUUUGUCUCCUCGCCGGAGGGAUAUUUUCAUACUGUUAUUUGUAACACUGAGAAAUUUCGGCACACUGCAAUAAGUCACGAUCUUCACUACAUUGCUUGGGACAGUCCUCCAAAGCAACAUCCAAUCUCUUUAUCUAUGAAAGACUAUGAUAAAAUGGCUAAGAGCAAUGCUCCCUUUGCCCGAAAGUUUGGAAAAGAUGAUACAAUCCUAGACAAGAUCGACAAAGAACUUUUGGGGCGCACACAUAGAUUUUCACCAGGGGCGUGGUGUAUUGGGACAUCAGAUGGUGGAGCAGACCCGUGUUCUUUGCGGGGAAAUGAUACGAUGUUAAGGCCAGGACCUGGUGCAGAGAAGCUACACCAGUUGCUUCAGGUGCUGUUAUCUGAAGAAUUUAUAAGUAAACAAUGUUUGUGACAAUGGGGGUACACUACAAAUUGAUAAUGCCAAGUGUACAUAAUAUGGUUAUAUAUCAUAUAUAUCUCUGAUAUAAAAAGUUAGAAUUUUGUAUUGAAUCACACAGGUUCAUAGUAAGAAGCAACAAGCACUCAUAGUAGUAGUUUUUUGGUGCUUGUUUCGGUUUAGUUUUGCCAAAUCAAGCCAACCAUUUUUGUUAUAGCAACCUUCUUAUUUUUGUUGAGUUAAAAAAGACAAUCGAGUUUCAUUUUCAUAACAGAUUCUUUUAUUGUUUAUCUACUAUUUUAUGGAGAAAUUUUUAUAUCAACAAUUCAUGUUACAAGGCAUUUUAUUCAACAUUGGAUGAUCCAGUCUGAUUAAGCUUCUGUUAGCAGCAUACUAUUUAUGCUGAAUUCUUUCCUUGAGUUAGGACCAGUUUUGUACAGUUGUGGACAUGUCUUUAAUUCAAACUUGAAAGUAUAAUAAACCAUUCACCAAACUUGUUUGCUAGGACAUCAGUCAUCAAAUAUGGUCCACUUUUCCAGUGGGUGCAUGUGGAAUCAGGAUGAAGUACUUUUACUUUUAGAACUUUUUGCUCCAAUCAACUUUACUCCCCAAACCACGCAGUUAAAAAUGUUAAUUGUCCACUUUAUGCCACUGAUAUUCAAAUAAUAUCUUCUUGUAGCAAGCUUUUGUAAAAUUCUUUUACUGUUUGUCUAAGAAUGCUUGAGAAGCUUAAAACUCGGAACAUAUACCAGAAACU